AUGCCUCUCGAUCGUCCCGCCCCACUACCAUACCUCAAGCCCCUCCCGCCUCUCGAUGCCAGACCGGCAUUCUCCGAGCCAGAAACUCGUCGUCGCUCAUCAGCAAGAGCACAGCACAAGCGUACCACACCGUCCGUCGCUGACGCUGAAGACAUUCGCGACGCGAUGAACACCACGCCUACACGGAGCCCUCAGCGCCAGAAGACAAACACCUCCCGCAAAUGCCGGUCCGCGUCGGCCGCACAAAAGAGCACGGGCAAAAGCGCGGCCACAAUGGCGACCCGCAAGCGUAGACGGGCAAAUUCGCGUGCGGAGACGGACGAGGGUGCUGACCAAGUCGAACACCCUGAAGACGCCAACGAGGAAGAGGAUGCGCCUGGCCAGCAUACAUUCCUGCCGCCGGGAAAAAUUUUGGCAUGGGCGCAAGUUUCGUCGCAGUGUCCGCGCAUGAGGGCUCCAAGCUCGUCCGUGAACUGGCUGCCGGGCAGUGAUGAUGACGAAGAUGACUGUGAAGAUGACUAUGAGGCCUCUGUGAAGGAGGAAUACGUCAAGGACGAGCCCUCCUUCAAUGGCGAGGCGUCUGUCAAAGUCGAGCCGUCGGUAAAGGACGAGUCCGCUGUCGAGGCCGAGCCGUCAGUGAAGGACGUGCUCACCGUCGAGAAGGAGCCCGUCAAGGAUGAGCCUGCCGUCAAGGACGAAAAUGACGGUGAGAGAUGUAAGCCAAGCUCAACCGAUCCGAAAAGCGUUGUUAACGAGAAGCAGAUUCCGAACAGUCGUAGCCGCCAGCCGGACGAAGAGUUGACAGGCGGACAGAGACGCUCCCGCGACAUGUCGGAUCAUGAGAGGCUUGAAGCGCUCGCUUGGGAGCUGAGUGGGGGAUGGACGCAUCGUGGCGUAGGAUGUCCGAGAGGAUGA